CUGUGAAGCAAAUUGAUGAUUGGCUCUUUUAAUUCAUUCAUGGCACUGGAUCGGCCAUAGGCCUACUGAGCUGUACUUUCACCUCAUUCAUAUUUAGUCUUUGUGAAAGCAUUGUUGCUAUGGUUACAUCCUCGGAGCAGCUCGACCUCUGUUGACAAGCGUGUAUUUUGUUACAGAUAUGCAUCCGGUGUGUGUGCUCGGGUAAGGAUCAAAAUCACAGGGUUACUAUGGUGCAACACCUGAGCUAUGAUACAGCGUCACGGCAACAGAGGAGGGUCUUUAACGUGCACAGGUUAUCUCAAAAACAACUUCACUCACUCCUCGAAACACUUCGUAAGUCAACGUACCUAAAGUUUACAUCUCUGCUCUACUCCGAACAAGGUGGUCCGUAGCAGCCAUGCCCAGUAAACUUGAGGGAGCCAUGGAUGCGCUUAUCACGGUCUUCCACAACUACUCUGGGAAUGAAGGAGACAAAUACAAACUUAACAAAGGAGAGCUGAAGGAACUUCUGAACAGUGAGCUCACCGACUUCCUCAUGUCCCAGAAGGACCCCAAUCUGGUGGAAAAGAUCAUGAACGAUCUGGAUUCCAACAGGGAUAAUGAGGUGGACUUCAAUGAGUUUGUUGUGUUGGUGGCCGCGCUGACGGUGGCGUGCAAUGACUUCUUUCAGGAACAACAGAAGAAGAAAGCACGGGAUGGCAAAUAAUACUGAUACAUGAAAUACUCCAGUACCUGCAUGUGUGAUGCUGUAUUAAAACAUUUGUUAAUGAUUAUGGCCUAUUAGAAGCUUUAUUGUAAUCAUCAAUAUGAUUUGUUGGUUCUUUUCCUAAAGCUCAUUUAUUAUUAAAUAAAAUUUUUCGAUAAUUCACAACACAGCAUUAUUUCUGAAAUUAAAAGGAUGUAUUUUUCACAAACCGAAUUAAGCUUUGUUAAAUAUGCAUUUAGGACUGUAUUGUUUUGUAAAUCUGAGUUGCUUUGACCUCUGACUCUCUGUGCUUCUCUUUCUCUCACAUUAAAUCAUUAAAUUUAGAUGCUGUGAAAUUUAUUUUGUUCGCUGAAUAUGUUUGAAACAGAGUACUUGUGUACUGUAUAACAAGUUUAUCUGAAAAACAAAAAUAAAUAUUUGAAUUGCUGUCAU